UAAUAUAAUUGAAAAUGAGUAAAGAUUUUAUUCCCGAAGAUGAAACCCAAUCAGCUCUUGAAAGCGAAGAUUACGGUAAAACUAGUCUUAUGAUCGAAAGGAACCUCUGGGUACCAGACAAAAAUGUAAACCAAUGCUUCGAGUGCUAUAAGGAGUUUGGAGUCUUCUUUCGUAAACAUCACUGACGGAUCUGAGGACAUAUAUUUUGUCAUCAGUGAUCCAUAACGAGGAAGCUCAAGAGAGCCAAUGGUAAAUCCCAGAAGUUUCGCUUCUGAUUUAAAUGCAUUGAAAUCAACACAAAGUUUCAGGAGCAAUUGAAGUCCAAUAGCAACUUUUUGCAAAGAAUUAAGAGGGUUGGAGGUAUGGUUGACGAAGAGUCUAAAGCUUCGACUGAUAUCCCAACCGAGAAACUUUCAAAAAUUGCUUCUGACGCUAAUCUCACCGACAAACUCAAAAUUGGCAAUGAGUCUAUGGCCAAUGAGAUUUUGGAGUUCCAGGAUGACGAGGAGACUUAUCAGAAGCUCAGGACUUAUUCUUUGGUUCAAACUUUUAAGAAUAUGAUGGAAGAGUCUCACAAGGCUACUGGAGGAUAUAGUUGCCAAGACCAGAAUAUCCCUGAUGGCAUUCUUGGAUGCAAAGAAGAGAUUUUGAAUGAGUUAAUCGAUCGGUACCUCACAGAGUACCAGAUUGACAAAAAUGUGUGGGCAAAAGUGAUGAGAGACUUCAUUUACAAAGCAAGCGAGCAUGUCAGACCUAAUAGGUUUAUCUUAGAUUUUGAGAUAGAUAUAUAAAAAUUAUUGGAAAUGAGUGGGGCAAGCCCCAAGACUCCUGAUAUGUCAAUGGCGUGGUUAUUAAGAAGAAUGUUAUUGAUAAGAGGUCUAAUGAUAUCCAUAAUAACCCCAGAAUUCUUCUUCUGUCUAAUUCUUUAGGAUACGUCCGAGAAAAGGUUGAUUUCACUGACUUCCAGAGUAUUGUCAAGCAAGAAAAUCAUUUUGUUGAGAUUAUCAAAGAGAAAAUAGGCAGGGUCGCUCCUGAUAUUGUUGUUGUAGAGGGAGACAUUAACAAGAAAGUAGCUGAUACUUUGAGGAAUGAGAACAUCACUAUUAUCACAAAUAUUGACCAGAAUACAAUGAAGAGACUGGAAAGAACUACUCAAACUGUUAUUUAUCCCAGUACUCAUUUGUUAGAGACAAGUACUAGCCUCGGAAUGUGAGAUCGGUUCUAUGUGAAAAGGAUUAGUGGAAAGUCAAGUUUGAAAGAUAAAUCAGCUUAUGUUCCUCUAGAUCGAAGUUUAAUCUUCUUUGAAGGCACACCAGCUCAUCUGGGAUGUACUAUACUUCUGUUCGGGGAUUCUUUGUAUAAUCUUGAGAACAAGAUUAAGAAAUGCUUGGAGAAGUUGAUCCAUAAAGCAAGAGAUGUCAUCCUUGAGGCAUUGUUCCUGACUAAGAUAAAUUGUAAUUUUAAUGGAAUCAAUGAUCGGAAGAUGUUCUUAUCAAAUUCCAACAUCUGUGUGGAGAUGCCAAAGUUCAUCUGUCGAAUGCACCAAAUGAGAGCAGGGAAAGAUAUUGAAAAUCUUAAGGAGAUGGUCAGAAGUCAAGAUAAGGAUCCUGAAGAGAAGUUCAUUAAAAGAAAUUUGAAUGAAAUGUGCCUGCUGCCUAAAUAAGAAAGCAUUCCUCGCAUAUGAUAAGGAGAAAGAUAAGACUCUUGCAGAGGUUUUAUUAGAGGUGUUAGAAAAUUAUGGGUUCAUGUGAGAUAAUUGUGGGCAAGAUAACUCUCUCCAUCGUCAAUAUUUUUACCAUAAGGAUGGGUAUAUUGAAUGCAAGAUAUCUGAGAAACCAUCAUUUACUCAUGAAGAAGACGAUGUUUACAUAUCGUCAUAUUGUAAGAAAUGUUUUCUUUAUAUCCAAGAUAAGGAGGAAGCAAAUCCAGGAAUGCUGGAAUAUUCAUUUGGGCUGUUUCUUAAGCAUUAUUUUUAUAACAGGGGAUUAACUAAUAAGCCAACAGCAAGCAUAAAUUGUAACCAUAAGAAUUACUGUGAUAUUCAGCGGAUGUUCGAGUUUGGAAAUCUCAGAAUCACUUUUGAAUAUUUUCCUGUCAAAAAGUACUCAAUAGAUCUUUAUGAGUUCAGAAAGAUUAGUAGCUCUGGAGGAACUUAUCCUCUUGAUAAGUGAAUGGAAAACUUGAUUGUUAAUUUCCUCGAGGUAUACUCAGGACUUGAUUCUCUACUCUCUGUUAUUUCUCUUUCCGAUCAAUAUGAGCAAAAAUCCUUUAUUUCAAAGGCAAAAGUGUUAUUAAAGAAAAUUUUGAAGAAUUUCAAGCUAGUCAUUUUUAACACUUUGAAGAAUGAAAAUAUUAAGAACAUGGUGCAAAUUCAUAAAAUUUAUCGGUUCACAUUUCUGAACAUUGUCUCCUUUGCCUUCUUGGUCAAGGAGCUAUACAUGGUCGCUUAUUCCUCUAUCGAGAAGCCUCUUUCAGAAGAAGAAAAGAUUGCCAAGAAUAAGAAGAGCAAAACUUCAAUUUUAAGCGAUAAAUCUCAGAAGCAGAUCAAGUUUGACAAAGCCUUGAUUAUGUUUAACCUAAUUUUUAACAAUAAUAAGGAAGCCAAGGGUCCAGAUACCAGGGAACAGAAGGAUGACAAAUACCCUACAGCCUUGUAUGAAGACCUUUCAUCCCAUUGCCAUGUCAAGGAUCCACAGUAUAAGAGCAUGCAGCACCAGAUGAUGGACAGCUUUAAGGAGCUAGACCAAGGCUGUAUAUUCACUCCUUUCGGGGUGAAUGACACUUCCAUCAGAGUAUCUCCUGACAACGUCGGAUCUCUGAUUGGUUUCUGUCUUUCCUCGAACAUAUACUUUGAUGGAUUGGUCUUUUUCAACUAUCUGAAUCUGAAGAAUAAUUUCUUGGUGCAAAGAGACACCAUGAAUAUUAAGCGUAUCGAUAACGAGCAAGUCAUUCACUUGACAAGUGAAGAGAAAACAGAUGUGUUCAAUGGGCAAGUCCCUGCUCUUCACAUUGAGAAGGAGCUUCAGAAGGGCAACAAAGAGAAUUUCAUCUUCACAUUUUCAAACUAUAAGCAUAAUAAUGUGAAGAUGUUCAUUGAAGUCGAUGGAAAGAAGGAAGAAUUUGUUAAUUCUCAAAACACAAAAUACUAUUAUAAUGGCAAAACUGGAGAUGAUGAGACGCCUAUUGAUCCUAAAAUUAAUGACAUGAAGAACAGCCCCUUUGAUUUUCUGAGAUUUGACGACAGGACAUCUGAUUCUUUGCUUGAGUUCUUAAAUAUUAUUGGCAAUGAAUCUCAUCGAGGAACCAAGACUGUCCUGAAGUUCUUGAAGAAAGAGCGUGAUCAGUGAUUCGAGACAACUGCAGAUAAUAUUGAUUAUGAGGUUAAAGCUUACUUUCCCAUAAAAUUUGAAGCUUUGAGGAGAUACUAUUGCGGAAAGUAUUCUUACUUUAUUAACUCAAUUUGUUCCACCAUGGACUGGGACAGCAGUGGAGGUAAAAGUGGAGCCUCUUUCUUAAAGAGUAGUUGCCAGAAAUAUGUCCUCAAAGAAGUUAAGAAACAAGAGAUGAAGAUGUUUACAGAGAUUGAGAAUCUUUACUUUGACUACCUUUGAAAAUCAUUCUUCAAUUACUAUCCAACAGCCCUAGCCAAGAUAUUAGGAGCUUAUAAGAUCAGGAUUAAGAACAGAACCAAGAAUGAGACUAAAACUGUUUACUUUUUCCUACAAGAGAACCUCUUUGUGAGUCCUAAGCCUGGCAGACAACUUGUGUACGAUUUGAAAGGAUCAAAGAGAAACCGUUGGGCUAGUCUUCAAAAGAAAGUACUUUUAGAUACAAACUUUUUAUUUGACUUCAACUCAAUGCCGUUGACACUGGAUUAUCCAAUGAAGAACAUUAUGAACAAGUGCUUUAUCAACGAUUCGAAUUUCUUAUCAAAGUGUAGUAUAGUGGAUUACUCAGUGUUGUUGAUUAUCAAUCUUGAUGACCACAGCUUCCGAGUAGGAGUCAUCGACUACAUUCAACAAUAUACUUUGUACAAGUUAUUAGAGACUACAUUCAAGAAGGCAGUGGGCAGGGAUGAUCCAACCAUCAUUGGACCUCUAGAGUACAAGAAAAGGUUCUUAAAAGCACUAAACAAGUACUUUAUCGGCCUUUAUGAGGAAAAAUAGCAAGCCUACAAUGGUUGAAAAUGGGGAUAUUAUGGAACAGUCAGAAGAUAAAGAGACGGAACAAGAUCUUUUGAAGGAAGAGACACCGCAUAGGAAGGAAAGUUAUGGGGAGAUUGAACAGAAGUUGGAAGAUUUAGAGGUGCCAAUGAUGGUCAGAGUCAAGUCAGCAUUUUAGUUUGUGUUUUCAGUAAUUUUACAUAUGA